AUGACAGAUUCAGCAACCCCGUCAGUCAACGCUAAGCUGUUUGUUGGAUCUGUACCUACGAAUGUUACCGAGGAACAACUCAAGUCAGAACUAUCUAAAUACGGACAAUUAGUAUCCCUGUUUUAUAUGCCUGACCAGACGAAGCAAAAUAAUGGCUGGGCAUUCGUAACAUUUGAAACUAACGAAAACGCAUCAGAUGCAAUAGACGCCUUAAACGGAAAAGUAGUAUUCGAUGGCUCUAGUCAAGGAUUGGAAGUGGUGUACGCAUCGCAGCGUAAUAUGGCAGAAACGCAGCCACAGCCACAACCCCCAAAACCACAACCAAGCAGUUCACCACUGUGGCAGCAGUUUACAACAGCAGAAGGAGUGCCGUACUACUACAACGUAAGAACAGGUCAAACGCAGUGGCAGAAACCAGUGGAAUUCACGAGCACGAGCGCCACAAGAACAGCAGGAGGAGGCUCGUCAUUCGGACCGCCGGGAGCGAACCUAUUCGUGUUCCACGUCCCAGCAAACUGGAACGACAUAGACCUGAUAGAGCACUUCAAGCACUUCGGAAACGUAAUAAGCGCGAGAGUGCAGAGAGACUCAGCAGGAAGAAAUAGAGGCUUCGGAUUCAUAUCGUACGAUAACCCGCAGAGCGCAGUCGUAGCAAUAAAAAAUAUGAACGGGUUCAGCGUGGGAGGAAAGUACCUGAAGGUACAGCUGAAAAAGGGAGAGGAGCAUUAUAUGCACUCAGACCAGUACCAAGUGCAGCCAUACGGCUCGCAGAGCCAGUACGGCUCGUCGCACGUGCAGUCAGGAAGCAGCACACUGACGCCGAAGUACCAAAUGCAUUACAACCCAUACUGA